AUGUCUGUUACUCGUGCUCAGUUCGAGAACUCUAAUGAAAUCGGAGUCUUCUCCACCCUCACAAACUCCUACGCCCUCGUCGCAAUUGGCGGCUCCGAAAACUUCUACUCCGUCUUCGAAGGCGAACUCGCCGAUGUCCUCCCCGUAAUCCACACCUCCAUCGGUGGCUCCCGCAUCAUCGGUCGUCUCUGCGCCGGUAACCGCAAAGGCCUCCUCGUCCCCACCUCGACAACCGACCAAGAACUCCAGCACCUGAGGAACUCGUUGCCGGAUUCGGUACAGUUGCAGAGGGUCGAGGAGAGGUUGAGUGCAUUGGGCAACGUGAUCGCGUGUAAUGAUUACGUGGCAUUGGUACAUCCCGAUAUCGAGCGCGAGACGGAGGAAAUCAUCGCCGACGUCCUCGGCGUCGAAGUCUUCCGACAAACCGUCGCAGGCAACGUCCUCACCGGUUCGUACUGCGCCCUCUCCAACCAAGGUGGUCUCGUGCACCCGAAAACUUCGGUCCAGGAUCAGGAUGAGUUGUCCUCGUUGUUGCAGAUCCCGUUGGUUGCGGGAACGGUGAAUCGGGGAAGUGAUGUUAUUGGGGCGGGGUUGGUUGUGAAUGAUUGGUGUGCGUUUGCGGGGUUGGAUACGACUGCGACGGAGUUGAGUGUUGUGGAGAGUAUUUUCAGGAUCCAGGAUGCGCAGCCGAAUGCUAUUGUUGGUGGUAUGAGGAAUGCUUUGGUGGAGACUUAUGUGUAA